UCGGACUGAAUGCAAGUUUGUAUCAGAUAACGAGACAGUCUUCAGAAUACAUGGGGUUUUAGAAGAAACUGAACAGGUACAAGUACACAUGUGAAUACAGGUGAAGAUCAUUUUUCUGAAGUGUGCUAUAAGCCUAAACGUGAAGACAAUGGCAUCCAUGACUUUUAUGCCUUAUGUUGACAAGGAGAAUGCUGGCUCUUUAGGAAUCCAUCCAGGCAAGGGGCAACAACGGACAACAUCUGGUCUUGGAGGCAGCAAAGUUUUUGGAAGUUCUUCAAAACAGCUAGUGACGCCAAGGAAAGCCUUGGGCGAUGUCAGCAACCGUGGUCUCAGCUUAAACUCUAACUCCAAAAAUCUAAAACAACAGAAGCCAGCAUUCAAACCACCAGCAUCACAACAGAGAAAGGGGUUGAAAGUACAAGGAAACAAACAGAGCAGUAUUACACAUCCUAAAACAGUGACCAAGGCUGCUCCCACUGAGCCUCAUUAUGAUGAGAUUGAACACAUACACAUUCCCAAGGAAAUUGAAGAUGACGAUUUUGAGGAUAUUUGGCCAAAGUCUGAGAGAAUAAGCUCAUAUAUUUCACAACUGAUCAGCUGGCGCCCGCCCUGUCUGUUCAGUCACCUGCCUGAUUCUGGUGAUGAAACUGAUGAAGAGGAGGAGCGAAAAAAGAGAAUGGAGAACUUGGACAAUGUCUUGGAAAAUAUGCCCAAACCUCUUUCCACUGUUUGUGAUUUACCUGAACUAGAUGAGGAAGAUCUUUGGGUUCCAGAGCCUGUGGAUUCCGUUUCAUUUCCAUCCAGUGUAGACCUUUGUGAGAUAUCAUUACCCUUGGACGAUUCCUUGGAUAUCCUUCCAAAUGUUGGACAGCUCAGAAUACAUGAGACACCUUGAGUUGGCACUAUUCUGAUGCAUUUGUAGACUUUUAUUGUGAAUUUCUAAGUCAGAUAGGUUUUCAGGAGCCAGACACAAUACAUCGAUCUGUUCUAUGGAAUUUUAUUUCCAAGUUUUUCUACCAAAUACGGAAAACAAAUUUCACCAUUAGUACACUAAAAUACAGAAAAAAAUGUAACACAUGUAUACUAUCCCAUUCAGGAAAUCAUAGAAACCAUAAAAUGUAAUUUAAAUGUUAUGAUCUAAUAUCUACGACUGUUGAAUUGGUCAAAAAUUUAAGUUGUAUUUUUUUAUAUAUAGUUAAACAAUAGUCAGUCAUUUGUUUGGCUGUAGAUGACAACCUCUUGAUUCCAAUCGCUUAGACUUAGUACUUUUUCUAGGCUUAUGUGAUCCUUUUUUAUUCAAAGAUAGAUGUAAUGUUGAUCCUUAUGACCAUAUCAUUAUAAUCUCUGUUGAAGGGUAGGUCAGCUUAAUAUCAAAGUAUUGUUUGGUGUUGACCUGCCAACCCACAAUAUACCCUAGGCUCAAGGAAGUUUAUGAUUAGAUUGAUUCCAAUUUUGUAUCAUUGUA